AUGAAGGCCCCAAGGUCUGCUGCCGUCACCAUGUUUCUGGCACUGCUUAUGGCGGCGUCUCCUUUGCUCAAUUCCGGCGCUGCGCCAUUGCCAGGGGCGGCCAAAUGCGGAGGCCGGCUUCUCCUUUUGCUCCCCUGCAUGGCCUUCGUCGAGGGAAAUGCCGGCGACCCGACCGAUGCCUGCUGCGACAACCUCGUCAACCUCUACCGCGACGACCCGGACUGCCUCUGCCCGCUCCUCGCCGUCGCACUCGCCAUGCCGCCUGUCAACCGCACGCUGACGCUCCAGCUCCCCGUGCUCUGCCGCCUCAACCUCACUGCCAGCUCGUGCUCAGCGGCCCUGUCUCCGGCUACUUCUCCGCCGUCUCUUGCUCCUCCUCCAGCUUCGGAAUUGCCGGCGUUGCCACCCCCUCCGCCGCCGGCGACGUUGAGCAACCAAGUGUUGGGGAUGAAUCGGGGAGGAAGGUUGAGCGUUGGAGAAGCCUCGCCGGUUUUUGCAGUUGCUGUGAUCUUGAUUGUGUUGAUGGCCGAUGUUUGCGCAUGA